AUAGGCGUGGAAAAAGAGGAAACCAUGAGCUCCAAAAACAAACCGAAAGCCUCGUCUGCUAUUGACGCAGCCAAUGAGUUAUCUUCACCUUUAGAUUUCUCCUUCAAAGCUUUGGAAGGAGUACAAGAUGCCCUGGAAGAAGAACCCAGACCGGUUCGUCACAAAAUUGAGAGAACUGAAGGAUCUGGACAGUUCAAAUCAAAUUCAGUACGCUUCUGCAAUAAUAACAUCUCGAAUCUUGAGAAUUUGUCUUCCACGCUGGAACAGUUGUUGGAAAAUCCGUUGGAGCUGGCAUGGCUCGACUUGUCUUUUAAUGAUAUAUCCACCAUCGACAAGGUAAUGCUACAGUAUCCAAAGCUGAAGAUUUUAAACCUGCAUGCAAACAGCAUUGAAAAACUUUCAGAAGUGGACAAACUAGCUGAACUUCCAGAGCUUAUUAGUCUAACACUGCAUGGAAAUGACAUCGAAGACCUUCCUAGUUAUAAACAACACAUUAUUUCAACACUUCCAAGGCUCAAGACACUGGAUUAUACACCAAUUACAAACCAAAACCGAGCUGAUGCUCGUACAUGGAGGGAGAAUUGUCGGAGGAAGUAGAUUUGCAACAGAGGGAGGGAUUUAAUUCCUCUAGCUUUCUUAGGGGUGUAUUUUGAGAGUAC